AGUCACAUGACUGCGCUUUGGCGAAUAUGGCGUCACAUUUGUUUUGCGGUAGAGUAAACCUAAAUAUUUUGAGAGAGGCUGCACGAAAAGACCUGCGCGAGUUUUUGGAUAAAUGUUCGGGAAGCAAGGCCAUUGUUUGGGAUGAGUAUCUAACAGGACCUUUCGGGCUGAUUGCUCAGUAUUCACUUUUGAAGGAACAUGAAGUGGAGAAAAUGUUCACUCUUAAAGGAGGCCGAAUACCAUCUGCCGCCGUCAAGAAUAUUGUCUUCUUUGUUCGCCCGAGGUUGGAGUUAAUGGACAUCAUUGCAGAAAAUGUUUCGAGUGAGGAUAAACUGCAGCCUCGUGAGUUUCACAUUUUGUUCGUGCCUCGCCGGAGCCUCCUGUGUGAGCAGCGGCUGAAGGAGAAAGGCGUCCUGAACUCCUUCACAAACAUCGACGAGUACAUCCUCGACCUCAUCCCUUAUGAUGGAGAUCUGCUUUCCAUGGAGUCUGAGAGCUCCUUUAGAGAGUGUUAUUUAGAAAAUGAUCAGACGAGCCUCUAUCAUGCUGCCAAAGGCCUCAUGACUUUGCAAGCACUUUAUGGAACAAUACCACAGAUAUUUGGCAAAGGAGAGUGUGCACGGCAUGUGGCCAACAUGAUGCUGCGGAUGAAGAGAGAGUUUGCAGGCAGCCACACUCAGAUCCUGCCUGUGUUUGACACUCUUCUGCUGCUGGAUCGAAACGUGGAUUUACUCACACCGCUCGCCACGCAGCUCACAUACGAGGGUCUCAUCGACGAGAUCUUUGGCAUCACCAAUGGUUAUGUGAAGCUCCCGCCUGAAAAGUUUGCUCAGAAGAAACAGGGUGAAGGCGGCAAAGAUCUGCCCACCGAGCCCAAAAAACUGCAGCUGAACUCCGCUGAGGAGCUUUACGCCGAGAUACGCGACAAGAACUUCAAUGCUGUCGGUGCGGCUCUCAGCAAGAAGGCCAAGAUUAUUUCAGCAGCGUUUGAGGAGCGACACAACGCCAAAACUGUGGGAGAAAUUAAGCAGUUUGUUUCCCAGCUGCCGCACAUGCAGGCGGCGCGCAGCUCUCUGGCCAAUCACACCUCCAUCGCUGAACUUAUCAAAGACAUCACCACUUCAGAGGUUUUCUUUGACAGUCUGACGGUCGAGCAGGAGUUCAUGACUGGAGUCGACACAGACAAGGUCAGCACUUAUAUUGAGGACUGCAUUGCGCAGAAAGACCCGCUGAUAAAAAUCCUGCGGCUGGUCUGUAUGCAGUCUGUCUGCAACAACGGACUCAAACAGAAAGUUCUGGACUACUAUAAGAGGGAGAUCCUUCAGACGUACGGUUAUAAGCACAUUCUGACCCUCAAGAACUUGGAGAAGGUUGGUUUGCUCAAACCUCAGAGCACCAUGAGGAACAACUACCCCACAAUCAGGAAAACACUCAAGCUGUGGAUGGAGGACGCCAACGAACAGAACCCGAAUGAUAUCUCGUACGUGUACAGCGGCUACGCUCCGCUCAGCGUUCGCCUCACUCAGGUUCUGGCGCGACCAGGAUGGAGGAGCAUCGAGGAGGUGCUGAAGAUGCUGCCUGGGCCACACUUUGAGGAACGACAGCAGGUUCCCACAGGCCUCCACAAGAAGCGUCAGCCUGGAGAAAACCGCACCACUUUAGUCUUCUUUCUGGGCGGCGUGACGUACGCUGAGAUCGCCGCUCUGCGUUUUCUCUCUCAUAUGGAGGACAGCGGGACCGAGUACAUCAUCGCCACCACCAAACUGAUCAACGGCACCAGCUGGGUCAAAUCUCUGAUGGAUCACCCAGAGGAAAACCAGCAGUGACGAUCAAUCCUGUUUACGUUAUUAAAACUGUCGAUGCUGUUUUGUCGGAUUAUUAUAAUAACCGUCAAGCUGCCUUUUCUGUUGCCUGUUUUGAUACUAAUUUAUUAGUCAGAAGACACUUAAGCAUCUUUCUACGACUGGUACAGUAAUGGUUCAGACUUUACAGUGAGCUUUCAUUAGUUAAUGUAUUUACUAACAAUGAUUGAUACUUGUAAGGAAUUUAUUCAUCAUAGUUCAACAUUUACUAAUGCUUUAUUAAUGUCCAAAUACAUGCUGGAUCAUUAAUGCACUGUUAGUUAACAUGAACUAAUCAAUCACUGACAUUAACAAAUACUGUAAUAAACGUAUUGUUCUUUGUUUGUUAAUACAUUAACUAAUAUAACCUUAUUGUGAAGUGUUACCCAGUAAUGUAACUGCAUAAACAUGCAAAUGUGUUUAAUAACCCUCUUUGGAUAUUUCCCUGUUAGCAACUUAUUUGAAAAUGCAUCCCUGGUCUGUGUGAAAUGAAAACUAUGUCAGCUUGAGCACAUUCAUAUUUCACUUAUUUACGGUUCACUGUAAAGUAGUGGUUAUUGACAAUAACGGAUUAAAUCACUUAAAGAUAAUGACUCUAUGGUUACUAACUCAAUGUUAAUCUGAACCUGUACUAUAUUCACUCUCCAGAGGAAAAUAAAACUUAUUUCUUUUUUUUACACAAAA